GUGAAAUUGGCCCACAAGUGUGAACAAGUCUGAAUUCUUCUCGAGUGAGCUUCUCUAAUAAAACGCAGAAACCGUUAAGUUCAGUGUUGAUAUUUGAAAUUAUAAUUAAUACAAAAAUUGCAUUUUUAUAAUCAAUUAAACAGCUUCAUCUUGCUAACUUUAGACAAGUGUGAAUUCUAUUCGAGUGAGCUUCUCCAAUAAAACGCGGGAACAACCGUCAAGUUCAGUGUUGAUCUGAAAUUAUAAUUAAUACAGAAAUUGCAUUUUUAUAACCCAAUUAAACAGCUUCAUCUUGCCAAUAAGUGUGAAUUGCCAUUUUUAUAACGUCUUUUAUGCGUAAUAAAAGUUAUAAUUUGAAUGUUACUGGUGAUGAACUGUGUUAAACGAAAAACAGUACAAAAUGCCCAAAAUAAAGAAAUCUUGCGUUUGGAAAUUUUUCAUAAAAUCUAAUGACACUGAUAGUGGUGAUGCUACGUGCAAAAUUUGUAACAGAGAAGUGAAGUCCUGCGGAAAAGGUGGUGGUACAACUAAUUUAAAAAAUCACUUAAAACGAAAUCAUGCAGGAAAUAAAGAAGUAAAACUAACUUUAGGAGAAAGUGAGAACAGCAAUGAAAAAGCUCCUAAUCCGGAACAAGCAAAUAAUUUGAACCAAUUAAAAUUGUCAUUAAUGCCAUCACCGGCAUCUACCUCUACAUUCACGUCCAUGGAUCUAUCUGAAUCUAAUUUAACUCCUGCUUCUUCACCAGCACCUAGUCUGUCAGAAUCAGAUAGUAGAUUUUAUUAUACGGAUCGACAAUAUGUAUUCCAACCAAGGAUCGACAACGCUUUUAAGCAAAUAAAAUCAUUUGAAGAGGGAGGUGCAAGAGCAGGAGAAAUCACCAAUGCCAUCCUUUUCAUGCUUGCCAAAGACAAUAUGCCUUUCCAGACAGUAGAUAAUGAAGGAUUCAGGAACUUGAUGAAAACUAUUGUGCCUCUUUAUUCUGCACCUGGAAGAAAGUCGAUUAAAAAAAAAAUAGAAGAAAAAUAUGAGUACCUAGGAGCAUGUGAAAAACAAAAAUUGGAAAAAAUUGAUUAUUUCUCAGUAACGGCGGAUAUUUGGACCGAUGUACUUAAUACCGUCAGCUAUUUGAGGAUGACUGUUCACUACGAAUUUGAAGGAGAAUUGCAAUCCACCACGAUUGGUGUUACAGAAAUAACGGAGCGACACACCUCUCAAGUUAUAGGAAGAUGGAUGAGAACGAUUUUGCAAGACUGGCAAAUCGAUGAUGAAAAAAUAGUUGUUGUCGUAACCGAUAACGGAGCGAAUAUUAAAAAAGCGGUUAGAGAUACCUUUGGGUCUAUCAAACAUAUUGCAUGUUUUGCUCAUUCAAUAAAUUUGGUCGCUGAGGAUACAAUGAAUUUUCAAGAUGCAAUAUCAUUGUGCGCAAAGAUUAAAAGAAUUGUCAUGAUGAUCUUCUUCCUUUCAUGAUGAUCUUCUUAAAAUGAAGACUAUAAAUGUUUGCGCAACGGCACCAAGACGAGAUGCCAACUGACUUGAAGCACUAUAUGGAUCAACCAAUGAUAGAUCGUAAGGAAAGUCCAAUACGUUAUUGGUUGAGGCUUGCAUCAGUAUACCCGACUCUCAGCGUUAUUGCCAAAAAAUACUUGGCAAUUGUUGGAACGUCAGUACCUUCUGAAAGAUUAUUUUCAAGGGCUGGCAAUAUUUUAACAGAUUCCAGGAACCGACUUUCGCCCGAUCAUCUACAACAACUAUUAUUUUUAAAUUCACUGUCCAUUAAAGAUUGGCAAUUAAAAAAUGAAUAAGUAAUUUGGUAUUAAAAACAAAGCAGUAUAUGAAAAUAUAUAAAAGAAAUGUAUGU